AUGAUCAACAUGUCCUUACAUCUUAUUGCUGCAAAAGCUGCACUUGCCCUGCCAGAAGUAACGUGUAGUCAGCCCUUUGGUGAAGGCUGUGAUGUCUAUAAAGUCAUGGAUAAAAUGUUUUUGCUCAAUUCAUCUUUAAGUGGGGCAGCUUUAAGUAACUUAAAAGUUACGCCUGACCACGGCGCAAUGCUACGAUCUUCGGUUUCCGCAGCCGCCAUACUGAUCAGCUCAAUACCGCCAAAGGCAAACAUCAUAAAGGCCAGCAUAUAA